CAAAAAUAUAAUCCACCUUAUAGACAAGCAAGAUGGGUGUGGGACCCUUGGUUGUAGAAGUCUUAGUGACAUUUGUGGUAGCAGCUGUGGUGCUCUUCCACUAUGGCAAUUGGUAUCGUCAUCACAUCGUGGUCACAGUCGCAGUACUAGUGGCCUGGUAUUUCUCCAUGCUCAUCGUCUUUAUUCUGCCACUUGACGUGUCCAAUACCAUAUACCAAAACUGCCUCCCAGAUGUAGCUGAUCCAUUGAAGGUGCAGAAAUUACUUCCUUCAACCCCAAGCAAUUUGACCAACGAGACCAGCCUGCUCUCGGACCCUAUUGACGAUGGCAGCAUAGCAAAUAUCUCCGUGACAACAGUGGCCCCCUCCCCCGUCCCUCCCCCUAUACCAGGCUGCCACAAGCCCUGGAGUUUUGUCCCAGCUGGAGUCUUUCCUGUGUUUUGGAGGGUUGUCUACUGGACCUCACAGUUUCUUACAUGGUUGAUCUUGCCUCUCAUGCAGUCGUACACUAAGGCUGGAGAUUUCACCUUUAGCACCAAGCUCCGUUCUGCCCUCAUAGAUAACGCCAUUUACUAUGGAUCUUACCUUCUGAUUGUGGGAAUACUGCUUCUCUACAUUGCCCUGACGAAUCUUGAGUUGGAUGGAGCAAAACUCAGAGCCAUUGCUGCCUCUGCCUCCAACACAUGGGGUCUGUUCUGGCUGGUGUUACUUCUUGGCUAUGGCUUGGUGGAAGUUCCGCGCUCCAUUUGGCACUCAGCCUCCACUCUGCACACACUCCACCACGCAUAUUUCCGUGCAGCAAAGCUCUCUCAAGAAAAAGCCGAAGCUAAUGAGCACGUCAGUGAUUUGCUACAGAGUAUGCGGGCCCUAGGAGGAAGCAUUGGCUUGGGUCACCCACUACGUGCACAUAUGGAUGUCAUUGAAAACAAGGUCCCUUCAGAGCUUCUAGAUAGAGUUCGCCAGCACCCUACUCCUGACUCCCCACAUGCAGAUGUACCCUCCGAAAAGGCACUUGUCAGGUUGCACAAGCAGUUGAUAAAGGCCCUUCAAAACCAGAGACGUGUGGAGACUCAGUGGGGCUUGCUAGUAGAGAACAUUGCAUACUUGGAAGACACACACCGUAAUGCAGUCUCUCAUGAUACCUCUUUCAAGCACUCAACUCCACCACGAAGGCAUUAUCUCAUCUCUUAUGUUUAUACCCCUACUGUAGAGUGGCUGUGGCGCUGUCGCAUCCGUGGUUACUUACUGCGUUCGGUGGCUGUGUGCUGUGCUCUGGUGUCAGUGGCAGUGGUGUGGUCAGAGCUCACCUUCUUCAGCACAUCUCCCACCAUCUCACUUUUUGCUGUCUUUGUCAAUCUCGCUAAGGCCAGCUAUGAUUAUUUCACCAUCGAGGUCAUAUCAUCCCUAACCAUGGCCUACAUUGCUCUGUGCGCAUAUUCAACCCUCUUCAAGAUCCGAGUUCUCAACCUGUAUUACCUGGCUCCGCAUCACCAGACAGAUGAGUACUCGCUCAUCUUCUCAGGGAUGAUGCUGUGUCGACUCACCCCUCCCAUGUGCCUCAACUUCCUCUCCCUCAUUCACAUGGACUCGCAUGUCAUCAAGGUCCACACGGAUGAAACACAUUAUACACAGAUAAUGGGCCAUAUGGAUGUGAUCAAAAUUAUCAGUGAUGGCUUCAACAUCUACUUCCCAAUGAUGAUAGUAGCCCUGUGUCUUGCCACUUACUACAGCUUAGGCUCACGGCUCCUCUCUGCACUGGGCUUCCAACAGUUCAUGUCAGAUGAUGACCUCACUUCUGACCUCAUCGAAGAAGGAAAGACACUUGUGAAUAGAGAGACUCGACGACGCCAGAGGCAAGAAGACAAUGCUGCACGUCGCAGGGAGUUUGCAGAGAGGUUUGGGGGUGGUGAGUCAUCUGCCAGUAUGUACAGAUCUGCCCGUCAACGUGCUGAGGAGCUAGUGCGUCCUAUGAAACGUGAAGACUCUUCUGAGUCAGCCCACCUGGAGCUCCUUGGGGGCUCAGACAACAUUGCCGACUACUCUUCCCACACAACCACCUCUUCCUUGACUCUUGAGGAUGAGAUGGAAGCUGGACGGGGUGGUGCUAGGAUCUCUGGUUUUUCUGGCCUGGCACAGUACUCAAGGGCCAGGACUCAUAAGCCUGAUAAAGGCUUGUUUGAUGAUGUCUGAGUCAGCCAUGGUUUCAUUACUGAAGAACCAUCAUGUCUUGUAAUAUGGAAGAUGUCCAUGUUCAUGAAAGUUAGAAAUGUAGAUGGCCAUAAGUACUGUGUUCUUUAUUUAGUUUAUCAUAUGCAGUGAUAACAUGUAAAUUAGUGUGUGAGUGUGUGAGAGAAUGUGUGUGUGUGUGUGUGUGUGUGUGUGUGUGUGUGUGUGUGUGUGUGUAUGUAUGUGUGUGUGGUGUGUGUGUGUGUGUGU